CGCUGCUCUGCUCUCCUCCCUCAGACUGAGCAACGAGGGCGAUUAGCCUGUUCCUUUCACCAGCCCGAGUCACAAUGCUGCUUGUAGUCUGUAACGUGUCCUCCGUUUUUCUGUCAGCCGCGCUGAGGAGUUUAUGAUGGACACAACUGACCGACUGACCGACUGACUGAGUGACUCCCCGUCGCCGCUUUUCCUCUAAAUAAACCGGCACAUAUAAUCUCAACAUGGAGACUUCAGAUAAGGGAAAUAAGUCCGACGAAGAGCCUGAAUCUCCAGAGGACGAAGAAGUUGACCCGAGAAUUCAGGGAGAGCUGGAGAAGCUGAAUCAGUCUACGGAUGACAUCAACAGAUGGGAAACAGAGCUGGAGGAUUCCAGGCAGAGGUUCCGUGCUGUCCUGGUGGAGGCCACGAUCAAGCUGGAUGAGCAGGUCAAGAAGAUUGGCAAAGCAGUGGAGGACUCCAAGCCGUACUGGGAAGCCCGGAGAGUGGCUCGGCAGGCUCAGGUGGAGGCUCAGAGGGCCACACAGGAGUUCCAGAGGGCCAUAGAGAUCCUGAGGGCAGCCAAGGAGACCAUCGCUCUGGCCGAGGAGAGGCUGCUGGAGGAGGACAGCCGACAAUUCGACUCGGCCUGGCAGGAGAUGCUGAACCACGCCACCCAGAGGGUGAUGGAGGCGGAGCAGAGCAGGACCCGCAGUGAACUGGAGCACAGAGAGACAGCAGCCAAAUACAACGCAGCAAUCAGCCACAUGAGGCAGCUGGAGAAGAAACUCAAACGCACCAUCAACAAGUCGCGGCCAUAUUUUGAAUUAAAGGCCAAAUAUUACCUUCAGCUUGAGCAACUGAAGAGGAGAGUGGACGAGCGGCAGGCUAAGCUGACCCAGGCCAAAGCAGAGUACAGGACAGCGCUGCGCAACCUGGAGACCAUCUCAGAUGAGAUCCACGCUCGCCGGCGCCUCUCGGCCAUGGGGCCCCGGGGCUGCGGAGUGGGGGCCGAGAGAGACGGGGGAGCCGGGGACGACAUCGCCAACUUCAAAAUGGAGUCAGAUGGCAUAUCCAUGAUUUCUGAGACCUUCGAGGAGGAGAGCUGUAACGGUGCUGCAUCAGAAGAGGAUACAGAGACCCAGUCCACCUGCAGCUUCAGCUCUAACUCAGCCCCUCUGGACGUGCCCUGCCCGUAUCUACCCUCACCUUCCUCUCCCUACCCGCUGCUUUCUUCCUCCUGCCCUUUCCCCUCAUCGUCCUCUCCCCCCUCACCUUCACCCUCACCCUGCCCUGGGGAUCUGGAGCUGCCCGAGCCAGACUCCCUGGAGGGUUUUGGCCUGGUGUCGCCUGUGCUGGGCCCUCGCAGUGAGUGCAGCGGUGCCUCUUCGCCUGAGUGCGACCAGGAGAGAGGGGAAAGGGCAGAAGGCGCAGAGGGAAGGCCAGAAAACACUACAUCGGCGGGCAGUCAGAAAAGCACCACCUUGGAGGACAGCAUGACCCGCCUUUCUCUCAAGCACACAGAAAAGAGCAAGGUGGAGAGUGGACCUUUCACUGUGAACCCCACACCGCCACCAUUGCUGCUGCUCAACUCUGCUUAAAACAGAGGAAGGACUUGAUCACAUCUUCAGUAUUUGUGCCAAACCGUCACGUGUCGAAGGAACGUCUGUGUCCACCUCCGACCCCCUCCUUCCAGACUGACUCUCUUGGUGUUACGGACUUCCCAUUUCAUUGAAGUUUGGGGGAAAGGGAUGGUUUUACAAGGAAUCCAGAGACAGACAGUGGUAGGAACUGGUGGUAUGUACACUGAGGAGCCAGUUGUACCUACACUCAAUGGCCAUUUGAUCAGAAACACCUACCAUGUGGGUGGACAGUUAUUGACUGUAGCUCGUCUGUUGCUGCACAGUUGAUCAGCCCCCCAGCUACUGCAUCCAUCAAUAGAAAGGGACCAGGAUUGGACCACCACUAACUGGACAUUGUUUGGAUGAACUGUUCUCAGCACAGCAGUGACACUGACGUGGUACAUGGUGCUGAUACAAGUGCAGCUCAGUACAGACAUCUGUCUGGAUGUCACCGACAGAAUGGCCACAUCUACCUGUGUGUCCAGUUUGCACACCCCUUUGCAGUGUUAAUGUAUAAGCUCUUUGUUUUUUUGACUCUGUGGGUGCUGUGUUGUGUAGCACUUAUAACUCCAGCUAAGCUCCUCCCCUCUCUGUAUUUAAUCCUAUGUGUUACUAUGGAACAUUGACCUAAAGUAGUGAAGAGCUCUAUAUUUAUAUUCAGCAUUCGUCUCAUUACCGUACUUGACCAAUGUGUUGUCACGGCACAUUAUUGUUUAUCUAUGUAAUAAACAUAGGCUCAUGCCACAAGCGGCA